GGGCUGGUGCUGCUGCUGGGGGCCCGGACGGGCGGUGCCGGGGGCUGCCAGCUGCCGGCGGAGUGGCGGCCGCUCAGCGAGGGCUGCCGGGCCGAGCUGGCCGCGAUCAUCGUGUACGCGCGGGUGCUGGCGCUGCACCCCGACCCCUACGGCGCCUACAACUACCUGCCCUGGCAGAGGGGCCCCGCCGGCGGCCCCCAGCAGGGAGCGGGGGACCUCUUUUACUCGGCCGAGAUCGAGCUGCUGUGCGACCAGGCGUGGGGCAGCAUGCUGGAGGUGCCCGCCGGCUCCCGCCUCAACCUCACCGGCCUCGGCUACUUCUCCUGCCACUCGCACACCGUCAUGCAGGGCUACGCUUAUUUCUUCUUCCUCCGAAUGGAUGAGAACUACAUCCUCCUGCCACAUGGAGUCAACUUCCAGGAGGCGAUUUUCCCUGACACCCAGGAGAACAGAAGAAUGUUUGCCAGCCUUUUCCAGUUUUCAAACUGCUCACAGGCACAGCACAUGCUGAGCUUCUCCAGUGACUGGGAGAUCCAAGAGGACAACCGGCUCAUGUGCUCCUCGGUGCAGAAGGCCCUGUUUGAGGAGGAGGACAGGGUGAAGAAGCUGCAGCAGAAAGUGGCGGCGCUGGAGAAACGCAACAAGCAGCUGCGAGAUCGAGUGAAGAAAGUCAAGAGGUCCCUGCGGCAAGCCAGGAAAAACUCCAGGCACAUGGAGCUGGUGAACCGAAAGCUCAGUGAGAAACUUUCUUCUGCAGGUGGCCAAAUCCCCUAUAUUAACUCUUUGAAGCAGGAGAACUCCCAUGGUACCUACCUGAAAGUAUAA